AUGCUCUGUUUUUCGUCCUAUCGUCUACCACUGUAUUUGAGCUUAGUUUCACUUAGUUUAGCAGCUACAACAGUCCGUCCAAAUCAUGUAGCAAUUAAUGAAAAGCGUAAACACAUUGACAUAGAUUCGUCUUGGUUGGAUAAGACUGGUAAGGAAGUUCAACGGGUAGGUUUAGACGCCAGCGACAAAGAAAAAGUGAUUGUUGACCUGCUUAAUUACAAGAAACAAUUAUCGGCAUCUGUACACGGUAACGUUGCUGCAGCUGAAACAUCUGAUGGCAAACGGGCUCAGGUACAGCGUUUUGGCGAUAAAGGAGGCCUGGCUCAAGUUGAUGGACAUAAAGGACAGUUGAAACUGAAAGAAGACGAAGAAGGAAAACAUGCUAAUUUGAAAGCUGACGGUAAAUAUGAACUGGAUACAAUUGCAAAAGGUUCACUGAAAACACCGGAAGAUACCGAAUUUCUGGCAACAAAUGAACGUUUCAAUUUCCAGUUGAACCCAAAAACACAGAAUAAUAACAGUGGUUCUGGUACAGUAUUUUAUUAUGAUAAGGAAAAGAAUAAAUCUGGUAAAUAUGCUUAUACAAUAAAGCAAAAUGGUAAAAAAACUGAUGCCACAUUAUCGGCACAUGAUAUCGGUAAGGAUGAUGAAUUUGCACAGUCAUUAUUUGGACGACGAACAGAAAAAUAUCAUUGCACAGCUGAAACACCGGGAAUUUCACAGUGCUAUGAUGCACAGGGAAGAAGUGCAGGUAAAGUUGUUGCUGAUAAAAAUGGUAAUACUAUUGUCUACAAUGAUAAAGAUGUUCCAAUUGCAACUGGAACUGUACAAAAACUUGGCGAUCGAUCAUAUCAAGCAGUUAUCAGUAAAAAUUUGUUUAUUGCAAAACUAAAAGAUGCACGAACAUCGGCUUGUUGCAAAGAAGUUAGCGGUCAACCGUGUACAGAGCCGAUUAAACUAUCUAACCCAACAUUCCAUCAUCCAUCUGAACGCGAUGGUAACGGAACACUAAAACUCACCUGGCCAGACUGUUUUGAUAUGGGUAUUGAUGUGGAAUUACCGCCACGUGUUCACAUUAAUCGGCUAGCAAUGAAGCUUGAUGUCAUGAUCCAACCAAUUGGAAAAUUACGAUGUAUGGAUGUAGCUACAUGUGGCCGUGAAUGCUUCUACUGUGACUGGUGUAAACAGACUAGAAAGAUUAAAUUAUUGGAAAAUACGGAUGGUAAUCUUUGUCGAUCAACUGAAGAACGAAAAUACCACUUGACAGUGAAGCUUUGUCCACCGCCAGAAGAUCCAAAUUUUACUAUGUGUUCAGCGUUUUCUAAAUCUGUUUGGCAAAAAGACUAUUGGAAUAAAGAAGGUGCUGUGGACGUCUGGAUGAAAUUUUACGAAAGAGCAAAUACUCGUGAAGAAUUAGAAAAAGAAUUCUUUUCUCAAAUAGACAAUCCACUGCUCGGAAAAGCCUUUAAGUUGGCUAUGAUCGGCGAAUGGCUUGCUGCAAACAGUAUUGAGCAAGGAUCCUACACACCUAGCAAUAUGGAGUUACUGGAAUACUGGGUAUCCAAACGAGCGCCAGAUAGGUUGCUGGCCUGUCAACAUGCUGUUGUAGACUAUGAAAUUGAAGGAGCUAAACUGAAAACUAAUCUUCUUUUUGAAGCAGCAACUACAGCCAAUUCGCUACCAAACAUAUUCAAAGACAAAAAAUGCGCAGCAUUUGAAAAACUGCAAGAGCAAAGAUUUCAAACAGAAGCGGAAGAUUAUAAACGAAGAACUGGUGGCUCCAAUAUUUUAAGUGGUCUCGGGAAUCUUUUCGGCAUUCGAGGAAAAUGA